AUGUGGGAGGAGUACCAAGAGAAGGAGCCGGAGCUCGCCGCGCAGUUCAAGCGCGCUGUUCUGGACCGCAAGCUGCCGGAGAACUGGAGGGAGGCUUUGCCCAAGCUUACCACUGAGGACAAGGGCAAGGCAACCCGCCUCCACUCGCAGGACUGCCUGAACGCCAUCGCCAAUGUGCUGCCCGAGUUCAUGGGUGGCUCUGCCGACCUGGCGCCAUCCAACAUGACGCUGAUGAAGUGCACCGGGGACUUCUUGAAGGACAGCUAUUCUGAGCGCAACAUGCGCUUUGGCAUCCGCGAGUUCGGCAUGGGGGCUGUUUCAAAUGCCUUGUCCCUGGACAAGACGGGCAUCAUCCCAUACUGUGCCACCUUCACCAUUUUCACGGACUACAUGCGCGGCGCGAUCCGCAUUGCCGCGCUCUCCCAGGCAGGCACUAUUUUCGUGACCACCCAUGACUCCAUUGCAGUGGGCGAGGAUGGCCCGACCCAUCAGCCAAUCGAGACCAUUCCAUCGCUGCGCCUGAUCCCAGACUUGACCGUCAUCCGACCAGCCGACGGGAAUGAGACGGCCGGCGCCUACGCGUAUGCUGUGGAGCGCUCCAAGAACGAGUCCAGGCCCACCAUGAUGGCCUUCUCCCGCCAGGCACUGGACAACAUCCCCAACUCCUCCAUCGAGAACACAAUGAAGGGUGCCUACGAAGUGAUCGAGUGCUCGGACCCGGAGCUGAUUCUGAUUGGCACGGGCUCAGAGGUGGGGCUGUGCAUUGCUGCUGCGAAGGCAAUGGACAAGAAGGUGCGCGUGGUCUCCAUGCCCUCCUGCGAGAUCUUCCGUGCCCAGUCUGACAGCUACAAGUCGGAGCUGUUGCCAGCCGACGUGCCCAAGAUGAGCGUCGAGGCCGCUUGCACUUCCGGCUGGCGCGAGUUUGCGGACGCCUUUGUGGGCAUCGACGUGUUCGGUGCCUCGGCGCCCGGUGGAACCUGCCUGGACAAGUUCGGCUUCAACGAGGACAACGUGCUGAAGUGCGCUGAGAGGUGCCUGGCCGGCGAGAAGGGCGUGCUGUCGGACGGCACCCAGGGCAAGCACUGA